AUGGCGCCCAUGAUCCCCGGCAACAAGUACAAGCGGUACACGCCGCUCGACCUGCCGGACCGCUCGUGGCCGUCCAAGGUGCCGCAGUCGUCGCCCAUCUGGACGUCGGUCGACCUGCGCGACGGCAACCAGGCCCUCAUCAACCCCAUGUCGGGCGAGCAAAAGCUCAAAUUCUACCAGAAGCUCGUCGACGUCGGCUUCAAGGAGAUCGAAGUCGCCUUCCCCUCGGCCAGCGACACCGACUUUGGCUUCGUACGCCACAUUAUCGAAAACGGCAUGGUCCCCGACGACGUCUUCCUCCAGGUCCUCACCCCGGCCCGCGAGGAGCUCAUCCACCGCACCUUUGAGUCGAUCCGCGGCGCCAAAAACGUCAUCCUGCACAUGUACAACGCCUCGUCGCCCCUCUUCCGCAACGUCGUCUUUGGCAACUCCAAGGAGCAGACCAUCGAGCUCGCCGUUCGCCACACCAGGAUCGUCCGCCAGCUCGUCGACCACUACUCGAAACCCGAAAACGGCGGCACCAACUUCAAGUACGAGUACUCGCCCGAGACCUUUACCCAGACCGAGAUGGACUUUGCCGUCGAGCUGUGCGAGGCCGUCCGCGAGGCGUGGGGCAAGGCCAGCGCCGACAACCGCAUCAUCUUCAACCUGCCCGCCACCGUCGAGAUCGGCCCGCCGAACCACUAUGCCGACCAGAUCGAGUACUUCUGCCGCCACAUUUCGCGGCGCGAAGAGAUCAUCGUCUCGCUCCACCCGCACAACGACCGCGGCUGCGCCGUCGCCGCCACCGAGCUCGGCCUGCUGGCCGGCGGCGACCGCGUCGAGGGCUGCCUGUUUGGCAACGGCGAGCGCACGGGCAACGUCGACAUCGUCACCCUCGCCCUCAACCUCUUCUGCCAGGGCAUCCAGCCGGGCGAGCUCGACCUGUCGGACCUCGAGUCGGUCGUCGAGGUCGUCUCCGGGUGCAACGACAUUGCCGUGCACCCGCGCCACCCGUACGCCGGCGACCUCGUCUUCACCGCCUUCAGCGGCUCGCACCAGGACGCCAUCAAAAAGGGCUUCGCCGCCCAGGCCAAGCGCAACGCCGAGGGCGACCCGACGUGGGAGAUCCCCUACCUGCCCAUCGACCCGGCCGACCUCGGAUGCACCUACGAGGCCGUCAUCCGCGUCAACUCGCAGUCGGGCAAGGGCGGCGUCGCCUACCUCGUCGCCCAGUCGCUCGGCCUCGACCUGCCGCGCCGCAUGCAGGUGGCCUUCUACCAGGUGGUCCAGGAGGUGGCCGACCGCACCGGCAAGGAGAUGACGUCGGACGACAUCACGCGCAUCUUUAACCAGACCUACCACCUCGCCUCGCUGCAGGGCAAGAACGAGGCAAGGUACCAGCUCAAGAGCUUCUCGCUCUCCGACGACAACGAGUCGUCGGCCGCCGCCGACGACGACGUCAUGGAGGGCGCCCAGACGCCCCGCCACCGCCGCUUCACGGGCAAGGUGUCGCGCGACGGCCAGGUGCACGACGUGUCGGGCCGGGGCAACGGCGCGCUGUCGGCCUUCCUCGACGCCAUCGAGUCGGCCUUUGGCAUCAAGGCCAACGUGCGCGAGUACAGCGAGCACGCCAUCACCAAGCCCGGGUCGCAGGCCAUCGGCGGGCCGCAGCAGCAGCAGCAGCAGCGCUCGGGCAACCACUCCAAGGCGCAGGCGGCGUCGUACGUCGAGCUCAUCAGCGCCGACGAGGUCCAGGAGGUGGGCAGCAAAAAGGCCGUCGGCUUCUGGGGCGUCGGCAUCGACGUCGACAUCACCGCCGCCGGACUCAAGGCGGUGCUCUCGUCGCUCUCCAACAUCGAGCAGCCGGCCAAGAUUGUCAACCAGGCCGUCGAGGCUGCCGAGGCCGCCUAG